AUGGAAGCUAGAAAAAGAUUUAUGUCUAUUGAUCCAACUAAGAUUCCAGAUCCUCCAAUGCCAUCAUAUACUUUUGCACUUUACAAUCGCGGUUUAUUUGAAAAGUCAAAGUUCAAAGACUAUGACUCAUUACUUGAAAAUAGGCUUGCUCGUUCUCAAGCUAGAGCGAAGAAUUUGGCUAUGAUUCUCGAGAACAGUAACAUGAUUGGUGAGAAUGGAGCUCGGACAAGGCCACAAGGAGCACAUAAGAGUAAAAGGGACAACGGAAAUGUUCCGAAAACAACAAGUCUACAAUUCGCAGAUGGUGAGUAUGUAGCAUCUUUUAUUCUUGGUACUGAUCAACAAACUACAAGGCACUUGCUAAUAGACACAGGCAGUGAUUUAGUUUGGUGGCAAUGUGGGCCAUGUGCAGAAAAUAAGUGUUAUGAACAAAAAACUGAACCUUUAUAUGAUUUAUUUAAGUCAAAAACAUAUCGAAAACUCGAUUGUGUUGCAGAAAGUAGAAAUUGUGUAUUCAAAUCCAAGGUUAUUGACUGUAUUCCGCAAGGUAAUACGUGUAUCUAUGAUUACAAAUACGGGGAUGGAUCAAGAACAAGAGGUUGGAUUGCAAAAGAUGUGAUUACUUUUGUUUUAGACCAAAAUCAGGUAAGCAUUCUUUUUGGAUGUGGCAGAGAUCAAACGAGUGGAUCAGCUUUUAGUCGUGAAUUUUCUGGAAUUGCUGGCCUCGGACGAAGAGUAAAUGUAGGUGGAUAUUCUUUACAAUCGCAAUUUAAGGUGGAUAUAAUGGCCUUAUGUCUACCGGAGUUUUACUCCACAAAAACAUCUACAAUUAGCUUCCACACAACACCAUUUAAGAAAAAAACAUCAGCAAGACUAUUACCAAGUUCCAGAUUGCCUACAUAUUAUUUCAUCAACCUUUUUAAAGUUUUUAUUAACAAUAAGGAAGUCCCAUGGUUCCCAUCACUGUCGCGGAAUUUUGGAAAUGACAUGACCGGUAGUUGCUUCGUGGAUACAGGAGUAACUGUCACCAGUUUCCCUCAAGAUUUUUAUACAGUAUUCCGUGAUACAUUCAGAAAGGAAGUAAAUAUUCCUGUGUAUGAUGCUCCACUUGGAAAUUUUGACACUUGCUAUAUGGUGGAUCCAGGUGUGGUACCAACUUUCCCCGUUGUGAAGAUGUACUUCGGUCAACAAAACCCAGAAAAUUUGUUGUUACUAGAACAAAAACGAGUCGUGGUUCAUGAGAGGGGGCUAUUCUGUAUGGCUUUUACGAAAUGGGACCAACCCCUCGCAAUUAUAGGAAGUUAUCAACUCCAAGGUAUAGGAUUAACUUUUGAUACAGCAACAGAAACUUUGUCUUUUGAAUUAGAUGCAUGUAGUUAA